GCUGGACUCCGGCAGGGAGGGAGGGGAUUGGUUUCGGGGAAGGGAACCGCGCAUCAGGAGCGUAUUUCAGCCUCACCUGCGCCUGCACCUGCACCUGCGCUUUUCUCCCAGCCGGGCGGACGCCGAGUCGAAGGGUGACGACGCACGCUCGCGCGGACUGUCAUGGCCUACCCGGGAUACGGAGGAGCGUUUGGAAAUUUUGGCAGUCAGAUGCCAGGAAUGCAGAUGCAAAUGGGACAGCCGAUGCCAGGAACAGGGCCGAGUGUGCUCCCUGGUGGAUACUCUGGACACCCAGCUUAUCCGGAUAAUUACUCCACAGCGGGAGACCCCAUGUGGACAUACUUCACUGCCGUUGCUGGCCAGGAUGGUGAAGUGGAUGCUGAGGAACUUCAGAAAUGUUUAACGCAGUCUGGAAUUAGUGGAACUUAUUCUCCCUUCAGUUUGGAAACCUGCAGGAUUAUGAUUGCCAUGUUGGAUAGAGAUUACACAGGAAAAAUGGGAUUUAAUGAAUUCAAAGAACUUUGGGCAGCUCUUAAUGCCUGGAAGCAGAACUUCAUAACUAUUGAUCAAGACAGAAGUGGCACAGUAGAGCCUCAUGAAUUGAAUGAAGCCAUUGCUGCUAUGGGUUAUAGGUUGAGUCCUCAAACGUUAACUGUUAUUGUUAAACGUUAUAGCAAGAAUGGCAGAAUCUUCUUUGAUGAUUAUGUUGCUUGCUGUGUGAAGCUUCGAGCGCUGACAGAUUUCUUUAGGAGAAGAGACCACUUGCAACAAGGUGUUGUGAAUUUCGUAUAUGAUGAUUUUUUGCAGGGCACUAUGACAGUCUGAAUAUCUAGAAUUUGAAAGCUGAAGACAUACUGUGAAUUUCUCUGCUUUGAAGAAAUGGACCAGACUACUCUGAAUUAACACUUUGAGGGCUUUUCCAUGUUCCUGUCUGUUAAAUCUCUUCUCUUUCUAUGAGUUUUUACUUUAGCUCACAGUACAAAGCAAUAAAAGAGAUGUUUUGUAUUUGAAAUUUUAUUGCUUUUAGUAAAGUGAUAACUUCAUAGAUAUCUGCAUAAUGAAUAUUGGUAUAUGAUUAAGUGAUAGAAAUCCUCUUAGCUUUAAUUUUUCUUCCUUACUUACAAGAUAGAUUGUAUAAGAAGCCAAAUGAUGAAAGCCUAGAUAAAGCUAAUUUAUACUUAACUGAAGGUUACAAAUUAUACUUUGAAAUUUUGUUUGUAGUUGUUGGAGUUUGAAGGUGAACCAGAAGGGGAAGCUGAGAUUUUGUGCCAUAUUUGUCAUGGGGUUUGUUUUUUGAUCUCAUAAUCAGAGAACAGAAACUCAUGAGUCUUCGCCUGUGAAGAAGAAAAUUGUAGUUCCUCAAAUUUUAUCUUAAAUCACUUCAGAUGGACCUAAAACUAAUAAAUUUGUUCACCAUAAGUUAAUCUAUGGUGAAAUAAAACUGCAGGAGGCAUUUUUUUCCCUUUAAUUUUCUGCAGUGUAAAUUUUUCUUCAAUAUGAUUUGUUGUCUUCUGUGGGAAAAAAAUUCUUAAUAAACGUAACUUUUCUCUGUGCACUUUAUAUAACCUAAUGUGGCAUUUUCCUCUAAAUCUAGAUGUUUCUGGAAAUGGCAAAUUUUUAAUGAUUGUCAAUAUUUAAAUUUGUUCUUUUAAAUGAAAUUAUUUAUACAUAAUGCUUUUAACUGUUUACAAAGUUAAAAAAAAAUCAAGUAAUCUACCACUUUGUUUAAAUGUUCAGAAAAUAUAAGUUUGUCUUUCCUGACAACAGUAGCUGGUGAUCUGGGCUUUAGUAAAUCAGUAAGUCCUUACCAGUAAGUUCCUACCAGUAAGUAUAACGUGGGGUCCUGGGCGCGGUGGGCAGCACAGCAGUAUUUCUGAGUUGUGUUGCUGCUAGAGUUACAAAGUGGGGUCGUCAGGUCUGGAGCAUUUAAGCUUCCUGGAGAAGCUGUUGUAAUUAAUCAGCCCCUUUCUUGGCAAACAACCCUAAGUCUUUAUUUCUUAAUGAAGAUAUAAUAAAUCACAUAUUUUUCUUACACUUUAACUAAACUAUCUUCCAGCUUAAAGCUGAAUACAAAUUGACAUAAAUUUUAACAUUGCUGAUGACCAAAUUAAUAUAUAGUUUUUAUAAAACUCCAUGUUUCAUAAAAAAUGAAGGAUGAAUAGCCGUAUCUUGGAAAAAAACCCUUUCAUAAUAUAAACAUGCAGAAUUUUAAAUCAAUUUUCACUUAAAAAAAUCCUAGAAAGGAAGUAAUGUAUACCAUGUUGAUACAAUUUUGUAUAGUUAGCUGUCAAAUUCAUCUGGUCAGCUUUAUAAAAAUGUGUGAAUAAAUAAUGCACACAAUUUUGUCCUCUGGCUGUUAAUUUUUUUUUCAUAAACAUAUAUUUGAUAAUGUGAGAGGAUGUUAACUGAGCCAUAAAAGGUACAGAAUUCUUAUUAGAGGUGUUAUAGUAGAAAGCUAAUGCAGACACACUGUAUCAUUCACGUUGAGUAAAGGGUGGUAAUACGACUCAGCAGCAUGGAAUCUUAACAUCCAGUUUAUAUAGCUGGUGGAGUUACGGUGCUGUUCUGAGGUCAAUUACAAUUUUCCUUACUUGGAGGCUCACAGUUGAGGUAAAACUUUAAAAAUGGCAUGAUAUGAUUCAUACAAGUUUUGCCAAUGACACUUUGUGUUAGAACUCUUUUCCCAGUUCUGACUUAUCCUUUCCCAAUGGUGUUCCUGUGACUUUUGGUGAUAGGAGGUCUGUGAAGAAGGAGUUUCCAUGGCCAAACAUGUUUGGGAAAGUCUCACCUUCCUCAGGGAGCUUAAUAAAGCCUAAGGUUCAUAAAAUCUCAUUUAAUUUUAUUUGACUCAGUCUUUUCCAAACUUUUUUGACCACAGAACCCUUUCUCCAGCAAAACUAAUGUUGCAUGCCAAUCCAACCCAGUUGUCAGAUAGUUCUUUUGCACUUAUCGUUAGAUAGGUAAUCUUAUAUAAACAUUAGUCAUAGAGAAUUUUUUACCAGCAUUCUCCUACUGUGACUCACAUUUUAAUGCUUUUAAAAUAACUGAUGUAAACAGACACCCAUUACUAAAGUAAAAGUUAAAUAGUUUUAUAAUUAAUAUGACGGGAAUAUGAAUGUAGUGUGCUAGCUUGUACUGGUUAACUCAUGCCCCAGUUUUCUUAUGAUGAUGUAAAUUAUUGAAUAAUGUACACUCUUCAUGUCUAAGUGCUUUUAUUUAUACAAUAAACAUGUUUCCAUGUCAUUUUGAGAAUUUUUUAAUAAACAUUCAAAUAGCUUGCUGUAAA